AUGCAACCUCGUGGGGCACCUUCUAACUUUGGUAGUCUCAAAGAAGAACCCUUGAGAGCUUCGUGGCCAGCAAUGCUUGUCGACCCAAGCUGUUAUCUCUAUUCAACUAUUGGUGUUGCUUCAGCACAUUUUGAAAAGCAGCCACCAAAUAAUUUACGUAAAAGUAAUUUUUUUCAUUUUACUGUGGCACUCUAUGAUCGAAGUGGAAAACCAAUUGAAAUCGAGCGUACUGCAUUUGUUGGCUUUGUUGAAAAAGAAAUGGAACCUGAUGGUUUGCGUACUAAUAACGGUAUUCAUUACCGUCUCAAUUUGUAUUAUCCAGCACUUAAUUAUCGACAUGAACAAGAUAUAUAUGUUCGAAUGAUAGAUUCUGUUACCAAACAACCAAUCAUUUAUGAAGGACAGGAUAAAAAUCCAGAAAUGUGUCGAGUUUUAUUAACUCAUGAAGUAAUGUGUAGUCGUUGUUGUGACAAAAAAUCAUGUGGUAAUCGCAAUGAAACUCCAUCUGAUCCAGUUGUUGUUGAACGGUUUUUUCUUAAAUUUUUUCUUAAAUGUAAUCAGAAUUGUUUAAAAAAUGCGGGCAAUCCACGUGAUAUGCGUCGAUUUCAAGUGGUACUAUCAACAACUAUUAACCUUGAAACACCCUUAUUGGCUGUCUCAGAAAAUAUGUUUGUUCACAAUAAUUCGAAACAUGGACGACGAACACGCCGACUUGAUGCUAUCGACGGAGGUGCGUCCGUCUCAGACUCCGAUAUGGAAUCACUUAUUCCGACACCAGUUAUCAAACAUAUUCAACCAAAUGAAGGUUGGGUCAUCGGUGGACAAGUUGUUCUUAUACUCGGCGAUAACUUUUUUGAUGGACUUCAAGUUAUGUUUAAUACAAUGGUUGUUUACAGUGAAAUUCUUACGCCAGGCGCUAUUCGUGUGCAUACACCUUCACGGCAUAGUCCAGGAGUAGUUGAUGUAACGCUUUCUUAUAAAGGCAAACAAUUAUGUCGCGAUUGUCCUGGUCGUUUUACAUAUAUAACAAUGCAAGAUCCAACUAUUGAUCAUUCAUUACAACGUUUAUCAAAAAUGAUACCAAAACAUGCCGAUGAUCCUGAUCGUUUGUCAAAAGAAAUAAUACUUAAACGUACAGCCGAUUUACUUGAACAAUGUUAUACAAUGUCAGGCAAUCCACAUCAUUUUGCAUUACCAACACCACCAAGCGAUCAUGAAACUGAUUCGAGUUACUCACGAAAUCAAGCAGCGCCUAUGUCACCACGCAGCUACAGUGCUUAUAGCAAUGCUUAUGGACCAGCUGCAACAUCCUAUGGUGUACCUUCACCUGGCUUUUUAAACGGAAUGACUAAUCUGAUGUCAUCGGCAUUUACUACUAUUGGUCCUUUUGGCUCAUUAAGUUCAGCAUCGACUGCAGCAUCGUCAGCACUUGGUUCAUCAAAUGUAGUUACACCUUAUGGGCCAACUCCUACUAAUAAAUAA